GCCGCUCUCUUGUGGCUCGUGCCGUCCCUUUCUCUCUCUUUAUCUCUUACUUUGACCGUCUCGGUGGCAGCCACUCACCGCCGGCGACGUGGCGAGACCCCGUUGGCGGCCGGUGACGGCCGGCUCCGCACGAGCAACUGAGCAGAGGGAGAGGGGGAGGAGGGGUGGGCCCCACACUCUUCCCCCUCACCUGCUCACUCUUUCCCUCUCCCGGACGGCCUCGGACGGCGAGUUGGGCUGUGCAGAAGCUGACGUGGCACCGGCUGGCGGGAAAUGGCGGAAUAUUUAAAGCCUCGGCAUCGCUCCCUGGGUUUCCCCUCUCUUUCUCUUCUUUGUUGAUGAUGGCUCCCUCUUUGUGAUUGUUUCUCCGGUGGUUUACGAUUCUCCGGCGAGACGAGACGGGAUGUCGUCGGCGUCCUCCACCUCCGAGGACGAGACGGAGGACGGAGGCGCGAGGGGCGCCGAGUCGUCGUCGCGAAGGCGGGGCUCGUCCUCGGCGUCGACGCGGAGGAGGGCGAACGGUGUCUGGCCCGAGCCGUUUCUCGAGUCGCUCGCAGUCCGGGUCGCCACGGACGCGGCUCGGUCAGGCGGCCGGCUCGCCGCCGGCUACGCCCUCGCCAACAUCUUCCAGGUUUGCUCCCAAUGGAGAGCAAUAUCUGGUUCCGAAUUGCUGUGGCAGGCCCUUCACCGCCGGAUAUGGGGCAUGAGCCGUCGAUCCCAUGCGACUUGGCAUGACGAUUACGUUUAUCGCCACCGGACGGCGCUCAACUUCCACAUCGGCCGCGCGACGUAUACGCCCCUUGAGCUCGCCGGAAACACCGACGGCGCAAACCGGAGGAACACAUGUCUGCGAGUGGCACUGUCCGAUGCUUACUUGGCCUGCGGCUUCUUGGAUGGGUCGGUCCGGGUCUUCGACAUGGGCUCGAACCACUGGGUAAGUAGGUUCAGGCCAACGAACCCAGACAGGCUCGGUCCCUUCUCCCAUAGCAUCUCCGGUAUCGUCUUGAGGGGCAACAAUGUUAUAUUCGCCUCCCUCGACGGCAACGUCUGCGUGGGCAUGAUCCCUGGCCGGAACUCCCGCCUCGCGCACGUCGGCAGCGUCUACGACGACGGCCUUCUGAUCGAUUUCGCUGGCUGCAGCCGGUGGUGGAUUGGACUCUUCUCCGGCGCCCCCGGCCGGGCCUUCCACAUAUGGAACGGCGUCACAGAGGAGAUCAGCUUCAUAGGUGGCGGCCUUACUGACCCCGAAGCGGUCCUCGGCUGGCAAUUGCUGACGGAGCCGCAGCCGAACCAUCGGCUUGGACGCGUUAGGGUCGCCGACGAGCAUCUAGCAGUGGCGGUGACGGCGUCGAAGGCUGUCGUCCUUGAUUUGCAGCACGGCGGAUUCGUGCUCAGUGAAGAGGAGCCCGAGGAGGGCAUUGUUGUUGACUCACUGGACGUCCAAGGGGAUCGGUGCUUGAUGGUUUACGCCAAUGGCGUGGCGAAGGUGGCGAAGGUGAGGGGCAUGGAAGAGGUCUGCAGCUUCUAUCUUGGGGAUAUAGACGUUGCCCAAGUCAAGAUCUUGUGCAGCUUGAACAGUGGCUACGCUUUUACCUCCAUUGAUGGAACCAUCAGCGUGUGGGAUGCGGAGGCUGGUGAAUUUCUCUAUGAUCUGGAGUUUGGGAUCGACGACGGGACGGAUUUGGUGGCCGACGACGAGCAUGUCGCCGGGUGCUCGGCCAGCACGGGCGUGCAUCUCUGGGACUUCAGAGCCCUGUUUUAAGAGCUGCCUGUUCUCGGCAUCAGAUUGGAAAAUGUGAGCCAAGAUCUUGAAAUCGGCUGUAGCUCAUGAACUUGAUCGUGUUUCUUUUGAUGCCUAAACAUGCGGCUAGCGCUGCUAAACAAGGGAAAAGAGAACUAAGAAUGCUGCUGCUGCUGCUUCAAGGCGCCAAUUAUUAGGGUUUCAUACAUUAUGUUGGUGUUUUCCUUUUUUUUGUUAGAACCGGAGCAUGACACCUUUUCGUUUUAGUGCCGUGGGGAAGAUUGUAUCUAAAAGAUUAAGCAGACAUGAUUCUUUAGGAUGUCAUGAGGUUUUUGGUUUUCUGGCUGUGGGGAAGAACAUGUAGGGACUAUUUCUUUUGUUGGUUGUACUUGACUCGGGGAAGAAGUUUUGUAACCAAGGGUGCAGGUUUGCGCCAUCUAUUCUCAUCCGGAUUAUGCUUUCUUGCUUCUUUCUGCACCUACUCUCCUUGUAUUGACUAGUUAUUCAAUCA